AUGUAUCAAACCUCAGACUACGUGCCGCGAUCUUAUGAAUAUGUGGACCCAUCUUCCUCUUCCAUUGAUGUGACUCAGCAGCAACCACAACAGCAGAUGUUGCUGCUUCAAACCACUGAUCUAGAGGCAGUUGACUUGGACGCUGUUCGGAAGAUCAAUGACAGAAUGGUUCCUUCGAAUCCGAAGGCACCUGUUUGUUCAAACAAAAACCCUCUUCGGCUCAUUCAGCAAGGCGAUAAAUUCAUCACGACACAGAAUAUAAAGGAUUCCAGUCUUCAGCAAAUCAUCCAGAUUCUAGCCAAUGAUGCUCUUGUCGAACAAAGCAAGGAUGGCCCCAGUGUAUUUUGCUUCCACAAUCGGAAUGCCAAUAGACGAAUCGUUCUUCGUCUUGAACAUGCUCAUACGAAGUCUCAGCAAAAUCGACAGCGUGAUCAGUCGGAAAAGGCCUGCAGUGAGGCUGGCAGCCAUUCCAGUUUGGCUCCUUCGCAAGAAGGAACUCCAAAGCGUCGGCGCGGACGUCGUCCAGGUCGGAAAAAUAAGACAGCAGAGGAAGAGGAUCCUGAUUUCGAGCCCGAUCUCCCUAUCGAGGAGGUCUUGCCCUUCCCAAUCAUUCGGAAGAAAGCUCCCAUUGUUGUCUCCGAUAAUGAGAAACUUGUGGCUGGGAGAGUCUCUAAGCCGCCCAAAUAUCUGAUUAAAGACUACAAACAUCUUCGGUUGGAAGAUUUGAAGGACAAUGAGGAGGAAAUGGGGUAUGGUGGACAUAGCAUGAAUGCCCUCUCCGACGAUGAUUCCAACGUUGGCUACUCAGACUACGAUGAUGGGAUCGAUUCGAACUCAGACAAAGAAAGUGGGGACAAUAGGAAAAUUACGUCAUUAGGAUUCGACUGUGAUAAAUGCGAAAAGUCAUUCUCCACACGGGCUGGUCUUUCUCGACACAAAAUGCUAAAACAUAACCCUAACGGAGACGUAAAACGCGUAGGUCCCUGGUCCGAUCCUGCUCUUUCUGCUCUUCGUCGACGCAACCGUCUCAAAGAGGCGUUGGAGAAAGCAACUCCUGAGGAUAUCGCCGAUAUUGCAGCUCCAAAAGUGGCAAAAGUGAUGUCUCUGUGGGACUACCUCUUCCUUCGAACUGAAGCCACAACUUCCUCAUCUCUUCCCGAAGGACCUUCUAGAGCACUCCCUUCUCUCCCGAAAGUCUCUUCCCUCCUUAUGGAGUACCUUGGAUUUGUUUAUAGAUUCCGAGAUUUCUUCAGCAAGCAUGUGGAAGUAGCAAGCGUUAAUUGCGAUGACUUGGAAGGAGUCGCAGAAGAAACUGAAAUUGAUGCUGAAGAGGCUGCGAUUAUGUGUGGUGGGCCUGCGCCGGCUUCCGUAAAACGUCGUCGGUAUCUUCGAAUGAAAAAGCGAAGAAAAUUAGAGGAAACGGCAAAUGUUACGCCUACCAAUCAGGAACUGGACGCUGCGAACACUUCAAACGCUUUUCCAGCAAAAUCCACUGUGGCAGGAAACUCUAUCAAAUCUGAUCCAACAAAGCUAUUGGAGGAGGACGGCUGUGUUAAAGUGGGAGACCAGUCGGAAGCGUCCAUAUUAGGUGUGGAGAUUGGUCGAUACAAACCAGUCUUUCCCCUCUCCGGAGACUACCUUCCCCGUCGAUAUGGAUCAGUGCUGCCGGAAAAGUCGCCGCCAACACCUUCUACUCCAAAAAAGCCAUUACGGCGGUCAGACCCUCUACCGAAACGAGCGCUAAUCACAACUGGCGAGCAAAUUCAGCCAGCUCAAACUAUUUCUGAAAAUACUCGACGUAAUGAAGAUGAGGACGAAGACUCCGAGCCUAUUCUAGCUCCUGAUCCAAUGAAGGAAGGAAAACCCGACUCGGGGACCAACGUCCCUCUGGAACAGAAUUUCAUUCUUCAAGUUGAGGGAGUGGGACACGCCAUACCUGACGAAUGGAUCACCAGUGGUGCAUUCAUCCCCGUUGCUUUUGAGUCUGGAGCGUUGAGUGAUUUGGCAGUUGAGGCGGGUACCGGACGCAUUUUCCACCGCCCGACAGGUCAGCUAGUUUCUGUGUCAACAGAGUCAGACAUAAGUGGUGGGGAAGGCACGACCAAUAUAACAGACGCUACUGCCGUUGCCGCUGAUUCAACGCCACAAGAAAUAUAUGUUUCAAAUAUUUCACCAACUGUGUGUCUCAUCACCACCCCUAGUGGUGCCCGAUAUCACGUGGAGCAUGGCGGAGAAGGCGUAACCACUGAGACGAUACAGGCAAUUCUCCGCAUGAAUGGAAGUUAG